CUUUGGAAGCGUCGCGCGCUCCUCGGCCUUUGUGGUUUCCCGGGAAACCAUUGAAUGACAACAAACGGGGAAGUUGACAACAACACAGACUGUAAACUCAGUGUUGGCGACAGAAACUUUGAAUUUAAAGGUAUAUUUUGGACACGUUUAAGAGCUCAAAGUUAGAGAUCAAUUCAUCAACAAGAUGCCUGGACAGGAGUAAAGGUACCUCAGUAAAUAGUCACUGUACACUUCACGGCCAUGAGCGAGGUGAGUAUCCAGGUGGCGGUCCGUGUCCGUCCCCUGCUUUCCAAAGAAGUCGUUCUAAACCACAGGGUGAGUGUGUGGACAGAGCCGGACUCUACUGAUGUGGUGGUCAGUCCAAACUGUGUCUUCUCCUUCGACCACACGUUUGGACCGGAUGCCGAACAGGAUGAGUUGUACGAGACCUGCGUCCAGCCGCUGGUAGAGUAUCUGAUGGACGGCUUCAACGCUACAGUCUUCUGCUAUGGACAAACUGGGUCAGGGAAGACGUACACACUGGGAGGACGGAACCAGGUUGAAGAGGGAGGAAUAAUUCAACGCGUGGCCCAGGAUGUGUUCUCGUUGCUGGAAGAGAAGAGGACAAACAGUGAUGGGUUAGCUGCCACAGUGCGAGUUUCGUUUAUUGAGUGUUACAUGGAGGAACUACGGGAUCUGCUGGAACUGCCUACCAUGCACAAAGCACUCCACAUAAGAGAUGAUGAGAAGGGAAACACAGUGGUGGUUGGAGCCAAAGAGGUGGAUGUCUAUUCAACCGAGGAGCUUCUAAGUGUUCUGGAAAAGGGCAAUGCUGUGCGCCACACUGCAACCACAAGAAUGAACGUGCACUCCAGUCGUUCUCACACCAUCUUCACCAUACAGAUUUUCCAGUGUUGCCCCGGCAACAAGUUCGUCCGCUCCUCCAAACUCUGUCUAGUUGACCUGGCAGGCUCAGAGCGUGCUGAUAAAACUAACAACACUGGAGUUCUUCUCAAAGAGCUUGUUCAUAACAACACAGGUUUGCUUGCACUUGGCAAAGUCAUCCGUGCCCUCUGUGAAAUUGACCUAAAUCGGCGCAGUAACAAGGCAAAUAAUGUAUACGUACCAUACCGAGAUGCCAAGAUCACUCGUCUCCUCCGUGAUUCUUUAGGAGGCACAGCUCAUACUUUAAUGGUGGUAUGUGUAAGUCCCUCCAACCAAAGUGUAACUGAGACUCUGAGAGCCCUGCAAUUUGCAUCAAAGGCUCGUCAAAUUCACAACCACCCUGGGGCGAGACCUACACACAUUGAGGUUAAAUCUUUUCCUACGACAUGGAACCCCGGUAAGGCACGACUGGGUGACCUUGAGAGGGAAGUUAAGACACUGAGAGAGCUGCUGAAAGACAAAGAGCGAGAGAUAGAAAUGGAGAGGACAAAUGGAAGCACUCGUCAGGGUAACAGCUCCAGGCUGUCUGGUCAGUCGAGGAUAUCUGAGAAGCCAGAGGAACCAUCACAGUACCGCCUCCUCGCUCAAGAAGCUGCUGCCUUGCUUUCAGAUUUGUCUGGCCCCACUGCGAGUCAUUCUUUCAGACAGAGAGUGCAGGAAUGGCAAGAUAGACUGGCUGCUGUCAAUCACUCACAUCAAGCUGAUGACAAGGAGUGUUCAGAGAGAGGUGACGGGCAAUCCAAUCAUGUUGAAAUCAUAAAGCUCAGAGAAGAACUCAGCAAAUGCAAGGAAGCCCUCACUAUACAUGAACAGCUGUUUGCGCAGAAAGAUGCUGAACUAAGACAGGCCGAAAAAGAUGUAGAUAGACUUCUUCAAGAGAACAAAGCUCACAUGCAGGCCUUAGAGGAAGAAAAGGGACACACUCGAUUACAGGAUGAUCAACUUGUGGACCAACAGAUCCUCAUCAAUCAACUCAGAAGUGAUCUAAUGACGUUUAGGGAUGCAACAUCAGGGGGAACAGGGAAAGCAGGGGCUUCUGAGAAUUUUGGCACGAGACCUCACAGCGCCCCUUUGAUCAGACUCAGCUGUGGACACGGGGCCCCCAGGAGGAUUCACUCCAGUCCCCCAGCUUAUUCACUGGAGCGGGUGAUGGCAGCCUUUAAGAUGAGAGGUCAUCUCCUACUAGCUGAGAUUGAGGAAAAGGAUGAGGUGUACUGUCCAUUCAUAAAACCACAGACAGAGAGCCAAAAGGACCAGGAGGACAUCUUAGUGGGCAGAGUGGGUUCCAGGCGUUCUUUAAACCGAACAUGGACUAGCCAGCAGAAAAAAUCUGCUCUGAAAAAGAAAAACACUGGAACAGACCAAACUGUGAAUGGAAUUCCACCAGUGCAGGCCACAGGGACAGAGGAAAACCAGUCAAAGCGAAACCAAAUGAGGAAGGCCAGACUGAGAGCCAGUGUUACUCAGAGACAGAUCAGAGAUCUGUCAGUCAACAUGCGCAUGAAAGAAGAGCUCAUCAAAGAGAUAAACAACACUGACAAGAAAACGAAAGCCUUGAACCAACAGGGCAGGCUCAGCAAAGAUGGCAGAGAAUCUGAUGUGUUGAUGAGGCUCUCCAUGCAAAGACGGAGGAUCCAGUCCGAGGUGUACCACAGUCUUCAGCACAUGAGACUGCAGAAAGCUCAGCUUCAGAGCAGUCUCCGAGAACUUGAACAAAACGGGGAGCAAGAGGGAGAUGAUAUGACUGUCUGCAGGAGCAAGCAUCAUGAGGAAUUAAAGAGAAAGUUUCAUGACAGAAACUGGCUGGAAGAAGAGGAGGAGCGGGUCCUUCAGAAGAGAGCAGAGCUGCAGGAGCUGGAGGGGGAGCUGGGGAGGAGAGAGGAGGUGCUCCUGCACAGGGACACCUGUCUGCAACAGAAAAACAAACUGGAGAUCAAGAAGCUACAGUCCAGUCAGGCUCUGAGUCAGGACCUGCUGUGUGUGGCGAUGCAGUUGGAGUCUGUGGAGGAGCAGAUGAAGAGCAGGAGCAGUUUUAGGCUGAACGGAGGAGUCUCCAGAGAGGAACUGGAGAAGGAGAGAGACAUUCUCAGAAAGAGGAGAGACACUUUGGACGCUCAGCUGAAGGACAACCGAGUGCUCACAGUUGAGGAGGAGCAUUCCUUGCUGGAGCUGGAGGAAUCGAUUGAAGCUCUGAAUGCAGCGCUGGAAUUUAGAAACCACUCCAUCCAGGACAAACAGAACAAGCUGUCAAUCACAGACUCCUCUACACAUCAGUCAAAAAGCAGUGAACCCGCCCAAUUCUUUGAUGUCAUCAGGAAGCUGAAGGAGCUUUCACCACCUGAGGCGACAGAGCUGCUCGUGAAAUAUUUCAACAAGGUGGUAUGUCUUCGAGAGGUGGAGCACUAUUUGCGUUUGCGUUGUGAAGAGCUGCAGAUUCACGCUGGGGAGCAAGAGCUGGUAAUAAGAGAGUUGGAAACAGCCAUGCAGCAUCUAACCUUGGAUGCAGACUGCAGGAUCACCGAGCUGCACAGAGAUCACCAGAGCAACAUACAGCUUCUGCUGCAGAAACUUAAAGAGGGCAGUUCAGGAGAGCCACAGCAGGCCAUCCAAGAGAGACUGCAGCAUCUGGAGAAAGAGCUGUUUUUCUACAAAAGCUCCAGCCGGCAGCUUAAAAAGAAACUCAGGGAGCUCCACAAUGACGCCCAAAACUCUGUUGAUCAGCCUUCACAUUCACUUGAUCACAGGCAAACACAAAUAGGUGCAAACCAACUCCUGGUGCACAGUGAGGAAUCACAGGCAAGUACACAUAUUUUAACAACAUACACAAAGAUACAGGCUGAGCAAAUAGACCAACAGACACACAACGAUUCUCUCAUGAAGGGAUAUUCACACCAGACUCCCUCUCCCUCAUCCUCUUCUCACCUCCAUGUGCACACAACCACAAAUAUACCAGAAUACCACGAGAUACAGACAGAGUCACAGGGGCAGAGGGACAGAGGGGCUGGGGAACAUUUAGUGAUGGCACCGGUUCGUCUUUGUCGCAGGGAGCUGAGACAGAUCACUCCAGCUGACCUGCUGGCCACAAGAGGGCGCCAGUCUGUUCUAGAUGCUAGCUCAGAGUCUUUGCUAGAGGACUCCAUAGAAGUGUCCAAAAACACUGACAGAUGAUGUUACAUGAAGCCUUUUUAGUUGCUUUAGUAGAUCAUGGUACCAAGAAGUACCAACACACUACUGCUGCUCAUGAUCAACUAAUGACAAAACAUUUCAAACUCAACAAUAUUUUCUCUCAUCUUUGGUUCGCUUUGAAAUUGUCUGUGCUUUGUUUAUCGAACAGACUCUGUAGGGGCUUUGUGGUCAGUAAGAAACGUCCAUACUUUGAAUGCAUAGCCAAAUUCACAUUAUGGUAACCAAGGUAAAAAUGUUGGAACAAUGAACUGUUCCACUUGUCUCCUGGCCAUGCUGAAUGUUGUUACGAAACACAAAGCCAGACUGAUUUAGUCAUGGGACAACUUUUAGAUUACAUCUAAAGAGAGAGAUGUUCAUGUCAGGUUCUCUUUAAUAAUUUGUGGAUCUCAAAAUCUACAGCUCAUGUAAUAGAUAAAUAUCCAAAACAUUUUUGAAUAGCGUUAAAAUGUCAUAAAUACAUUUUGCACAUAGUCUAAUAACUAAUGUAUGUUGAGUAUUGAGUAUUUAAUGCUUACAGUAGGAUAUCAUUUCUGUAGGCAGAGUACAGUUGGUACAGUCACUGCAUCUGUUGAACAGAUUUUUCCCAAUUCAUUUUUAUUUAAAAGAUAAAAUAAGUUGGGUAAAACAUUUAUUUGACCUGUGAUUAGUCUUUUCAGGUAAUGCCCAAUGAGAAACAUUGCUUUGUCUUUCACUUUUAAAUUUCUAGCACUGUUGAGCACUUAAAAUGGCCAGUACAGAACGUAAUAUAAAGUUUUUUUAAUGUAUUUUAAUGUAUUUGAUUUUUUUUGAUACAAACCUUUUAUAUCUGUGUGUACUUCACUUUUAACUGUGAACUGUUUGUUGUUGAUUGAUGUUUUAAAUUAUUACCUGAACAGAUGAGUCUUUUAUCAUUAAACUUUAGAUUUAA